CAGCCUCACAGCACAAAACUCUCUCUCUCUCUCUCUCUCUCUGGGCUGUGAGGACGCGGAAUAGCGAUGUCUCUGAGAAGGAGCUUUUUCUCUCGGAAAUUCUCCAAGUCAUUCAGGGAACUGAGCGUAGAGAGGAGCGGGCGGGUCCGCGACGCCGAGGACGGGGCGGUGGGGUCAGGGGCGGCGCAGCCCGAGGGGUCAUGGGCGGGCAUGCUGCCGGAGCUCCUGGCGGAGAUCAUACGGCGCGUGGAGUCGAGCGACGGCGAAUGGCCGCUCCGCCAGAACGUCGUUGCCUGCGCCUGUGUCUGUAAGCGCUGGAGACAGAUCACGAAGGAGAUCGUUAGACCACCUUCCCUCAGUGGCAUUAUCACUUUCCCUUCUUGUCUCAAACAGCCAGGCCCACGCGAAUUCCCACAUCAAUGUCUUAUAAAAAGGAACAAGAAGACGUCAACGUUUUACCUUUAUCUCGCCCUUUCUCCCUCAUUCACAGAUAAGGGAAAGUUUCUCUUGGCAGCACGAAGGCAUAGGAACGGUGCACAUACUGAGUAUAUUAUAUCACUUGAUGCUGAUGACCUAUCUCAAGGAAGUAAUGCUUAUGUUGGAAAGUUAAGCUCGGACUUCCUUGGCACAAAUUUUACAAUCUAUGACAGCCAGCCACCACACAAUGGUGCAAAACCCUCAAGUAGUAGAGGCAGCCGCCGUUUUGCAAGCAAGCAAAUUUGCCCCCAAGUUCCGGCUGGCAACUUUGAGAUUGGGCAGGUCUCUUAUAAGUUCAACCUUUUGAAAUCUAGAGGUCCAAGGAGGAUGGUUUGUUCAAUGAAGUUCCCAUCGCAAGGAGAAACUGCCAAUGCCAGGUCUCCUGACAAUUCAACGGUGAAGAAACCUGAGUCAUCUACUUCUGGAUAUACAGUUUUAAGGAACAAAGCUCCAAGGUGGCAUGAGCAUUUGCAGUGCUGGUGUCUGAAUUUCCAUGGUCGUGUGACAGUAGCAUCAGUGAAGAAUUUUCAACUGGUUGCAAUAGCUGAUCAAAGUCAGCCAGGAGGAAAAGGAGAUGAGGAAACAGUUCUGCUUCAGUUUGGGAAGGUGGGAGAAGAUAUCUUCACCAUGGAUUAUAGGCAGCCCUUGUCAGCUUUCCAAGCAUUUGCAAUUUGCAUGACCAGCUUUGGUACAAAAUUGGCGUGUGAGUAAGAUAUCCUGGUGUUAUUAUUAUGUUUAUUAUCCCUAAAGUGGUGCCCGUGGAUGUUUUGAAUUUAACUUAUCUGCUUUACAUCACUAUCUAUAGCUUUUGAGUGGCUGGUGAAGGGGGGGAUUAUGAUGUACAUGUUGCUAUUGUAUGCUUAUGACAAUGACUUUUGCUGAAAUUAUUGGGUAGCAAACAAAUAUUAGAACCAGCGAGCAUGUUGGUUUUUCUAAUCUACAUUAUUUUGCACAUUUGCAAAUUUGUGUAAAUUGUAAAAUAAUUAUUAAAAUGUGGAUUUAAAGGUUGUACCCUUA